AUGGCUGGUGGAGAAGAGAUUCAAGGAGUCAAUGUGUUACAAGCAUCACUGCUUGGCAAGUCUUUUGCUCUCAAGUCUGUGAACAACAGCAAGUACAUGCGGUUCCAAAGUGAAGAAGGUGAGAGGCAGGGCUUUGUGCGGUUCACAACAACCGAUGUUGUGCAGGAGCCCAGAGCCAAGUUUGAAGUGGAGGCGGCGGAUGGCGGCGCCACGAAGGGGAUGGUGCAUAUCCGGUGCUGCUACAACAACAAAUACUUGAGGAGGUGGGACAUCGACCACCACUGGAUUGUAGCCGGUGGUGACAAAAAGGUGGAAGAUCAAACCCACUGGACAUGCACACUGUUCGAGCCUGUGCUAGAAACACCGGCAGAUAGCGAUAAGGACACCAAGGCAGUCAUCCGGCUGCGCCACGUCCAGCUUGGACGCUAUGUCAUGCAGUUCACCCCUCAUGAGGACUUCAAAGAAUGCUUGUUCCCCAUGUCCGACAAGCCUUAUAACGGCAACUAUGAUCUCUUCGAAGUCCUGAAUUGGGCGUCCUUGGUGGUGCUGCCAAAGUAUGUUGCAUUCAAAGGCAACAAUGGAAAAUAUCUAAAGGCGGAUCCAAGUACUAAACAGCUGAGAUUCAACUCCACUGACAUUGGGGAGGAAGGUGUGGCAAUGGAGGUCGAAUCCUUUGCAGAUGGAUAUGUUCGCAUUAAGGGCUUUAAGCAUUCCGAUGGGCUUUACUGGGGUACUAUUCCUUGGUGGUUUAAUAGUCUUGCAAUGAAUGGAACGGUUGGAUCCGGAACCAGUCUAGAUCUCAAUACAGCAUGGUUUUUGCCGGUCAAGGUUGAAGAUAAUGUGAUCGCUCUCAAACACUUUUCUACGCACAAGUUCUGCCGUAGAGGUGUCACUCUCUACAUCGUUGAAGAGCCUGAGGAGUUCAUAGCUAACGCAAGUAGUAUUACAGAAGACACAAAACUGGAGAUGCAUGAGGCUGUUAUCAAAAGGACCAUCUCCAUGAAUUACCGCCUCGACGAUGCCAGGAUCUACAACUUGGCCCCCGUCGCGUUAGACAGGUUCACACACGAUAACCAUGACGACCAUGAGAUCUCUAAAACGGUCACGCUCACCUACAGAAAUGAUGUCACUACUAACUGGGAGGCCAGCAAUACGUGGACGGUGGGUGUUUCGGUCUCGAUCGAGGUGGAAGCGAUUCCAUUCAUCUCUAGUGUCUCCGUCGAAAUGUCGGCGUCGUUUGGCGGAUCAUACACUUGGGGAGAAGCAAAGACGCAGGGACAUGAUAUCUCGGAGUCGGAUGUGUAUACAGUGAGGGGAAAGCAUAGGCUGACUGUGAGCAAACUUGCCACAAGGGGUCAUUGUGACGUCCCUUACUCUUACGUUCAGACAGACUAUCUCCAAAACGGCCAAAUUAUCACCAGUGAAAAGGCUGAUGGCGUUUUCAGAGGCGUCAAUUGCUUCGACAUCCACACCGAGUCCGACCAAACACCACUGUGA